AUUUUAGAAUGAGAAAAAGUAGAUUUGAAGUGCAUGUAUCAGAAGUAAAGUGCCUGGCAGGCAGUUUCUAAUACGUAAAACAUUUCUGGGAAAACCCUAAUAGUUAUCUCAAGAUAUUAAAUUCAGUCUAACGUGAAAGAAUGAGUGAUUUGUGAUCCUGUUAUAAAUCUGCGUAUCCUGUAGAGUACCUGGAGCAGGAUGGGUUUGGUGAAGGAGAAGGAUGGAUCUCCGGCAGAGAUGGAACUCAUGAGAGAGUUUACUCCGGACAGUCAAUCCAGUGCUAAGGUUCCUAUUGAUGUGAAGGAUGAGGGAGUUAAACUCAAGGCUGAGAUGACCCUCUUGAACGGGUGUACGGUCAUCAUUGGUUGCAUUAUCGGGAGUGGGAUAUUUGUGUCUCCUACAGGAGUCCUACAAUCAACCGGCAGUGUGAAUAUGUCUCUUGUAGUCUGGACAAUAUCAGGGAUAUUUACUAUGAUAGGUGCGUAUUGCUAUGCUGAGCUAGGAUGUAUGAUAAAGAAGUCUGGAGCUGAUUAUGCCUAUAUUUUUACAGCUCUUGGACCCUUCCCUGCAUUUAUCAGACUUUGGAUAGAAUGCAUUAUAGUUCGACCAUGCAGUGGAGCUAUCCAGGCUCUCACCUUCUCCUUGUAUAUCCUCAAACCUUUCUUCCCUGAAUGUGAGCCUCCAGAUGAGUCUAAACGUCUCCUAGCCGCAGCGUGCAUUUGCUUUCUCUGCUACAUUAACUGUGCUAAUGUGAAGUGGGCAAAUAUGGUUCAAGAUUACUUUACGUACGCAAAAGUAUUUGCUCUUAUCAUCAUCAUCAUCACAGGGUUCGUGAGGUUAGGUCAGGGGCACACGGAGCACUUUACCUGGGAGGGAACGGAGAAAGAUCCGACCGUGAUAGCGCUCUCGUUCUACUCCGGGCUCUUUGCGUACACGGGGUGGAACUAUUUAAACUUUAUCAUAGAGGAAAUGAAGGAUCCUGUGCGGGAUUUGCCGCGUGCUAUUGCUAUUUCCUGCGUGACGUGUCUCGUCAUCUACGUUCUAACAAUUGUCGCCUUCCAUUCUACAUUGUCGGUCAACGAAGUCCUUGGCUCGGAAGCUGUCGCGGUCACGUUCGCCGGUCGACUGUACGGCAGCAUGGCCUGGAUUAUCCCGAUCUUCGUGGCGUGCUCGACCUUCGGAGCCGUCAACGGUACUCUUCUCACCUCCUCCAGACUAUUCUUCGCCGGCGCCAGGGAGGGUCAUAUGCCACGGAUUCUUGCAAUGAUUCAGGUUGAGAGAGCAACUCCAGUUCCUAGUGUUCUAUGUAUAACUAUUCUAUCCCUUCUUUAUCUAACUUCAAGCAAUAUCGGAGUACUGAUGAACUACCUGGGGUUCGCUACUUGGCUCUCUAUCGGAGCUGCAGUCUUCUGUCUCCCGUACCUCCGGUGGAAGCAGCCAGACCUACCCCGACCUAUCAAGAUAAACCUGGGGUUCCCUAUCGUCUACCUUCUAAUGACCCUGGUGAUCACCCUCCUGCCUAUGCUGGCCCAGCCGGUGGAGACUGGUAUAGGUCUAGCCAUGAUCCUCACCGCGGUUCCAGUUUACCUUAUCUUUAUCCAGUGGCAGGGUAAACCCAGCUGGCUAACCAGCUUCACUAUCCUCACCACGGACCAACUUCAGAGGCUCCUGGUCGUAAUGCCACCUGGCAAGGAAGAAUAAAAUUUGAUUUUAAAAAGCUUGAACCACAAAAACUGGUUUUAGAAAGCUGGAUCAACAAAAACCGGUUUUAGAUAGCUGGAGCCACAAAAACUGGGUUUAGAAAGCUGAAACACAAAAAACCGGUUUUAGAAAGCUGGAACCACAAAAACUGGUUUUAGAAAGCUGAAACAACAAAACCCGGUUUUAGAAAGCCGGAACAAUGAAACCCCGUUUUAGAAAGCUGUAACCACAAAAACUGGUUUAAAAAGCUAAAACAACAAAAAAAAACUAAAAUUUGCGCGAGAAUGUAAGAAAAAGAUUAAACAAAUUAGGAUUAGAAAUUCAAAGUUCGAGGCGAGUAAUAAUUUUCUUACUCCUAUGUACGUACGUGUCAUGAUUUUUUUAUUAGAGAUGAUUUAUUUGAUAUCUGUAAGCUUGAAAAAAUUUAUUUUUAUA